AUGGCAGAUGAAUUAGACUUGCCAGACACUUUUCCUGAUUUUUCAUCAGUAGAAUAUUGAGAUUCUCGUUAUGAAUCUGAAAUAAACGUUUCUUAUGACUGACUGGUAUCUUUCACACAACUCCGUUCAAUUUUCCUAUCAAAACUUCAUGAUAAUUUUGAUGCUGAAAUUUUAAUAGUUGGGAGUGGAAAUUCUCAUAUGGGCGAAGAGCUUAUAAAGGAAGGCUACAAAAAUAUAACAAAUAUUGAUUUUUCACCUGUACUUGUUCACCAAAUGAAUGAAAGAACACAAGAUCUUGGCGAAGAAAUGGAAUAUAUCACUAUGGAUGCUUGCAAUAUUACAUUUCCAGUAGGCAUUUUUGACUUAAUUAUUGAUAAAUGCACAUUGGAUUGCAUAUUGUGUGGAGAUAAUAAUUUUCAAAGAGCUUCUAGUUAUUUGCAAGGCGUUUAUAGAUGCUUAAAACCUGGUGGGUCUUUUAUUGUAGUGUCAUAUGGAGUUCCUGAUUCAAGACUUGGAUAUUUAAAAAAUAAAUUUUUGCCUUGGGGAAUUGAGCAAGCAAAAAUUACAAAAAGCUCGAGUGAUUCCUUUGCAAGUUUUGAACAAGCAAGAUAUCAUUAUAGCUCAGAACGGCAUUUAGCUCAUCCUGGGCUAGCAAAAUUUUUGCUGCAACUCGUGGAAUUGGCCCAGCUCCAUAAGUUGCCAAACUAACUCCAUGAGUUGUAAAAGGCAGACAUAUGCUCACUUGUCAGCUCGUGUGGAGUUGGUUUGGCAACUUAUGGAGCCUGACCAAUCCACAAAUUGCAGCGAAAGUUGCUAACCCAGGACGAGCUAAAUGCUAUCCUUGGCUAUACCUUUAUAUUUGCACUAAAUCUUUAACAUAA